UGUGCAUGUGUGUGUGUGUGUGUGUGUUCAUCUCUGUCUCUCCUACAGUCUCCAUGUGAAGGUGUACCAUAAUGCAACAUGUGUCCCCAGCACCAGCACUGACAAUGAUGGCCACCCAGAGCGCUCCUCCCCCAUCCUACCAGGAGAGCCAACAGAUGACGGGUCCGACACAGCCGAACUCCAAGGCCCAGGCGGUCCACAUCCCCUCCUCGGCGGCCGCCACCUCCCCCACCGUGGCCGUGACCCUUGACCCUCAGGCCCAGCUGGAGUCCGACAAGAGAGCUGUUUACAGACACCCCCUGUUCCCGCUGCUGGCGCUACUGUUUGAGAAGUGUGAACAAGCCACCCAGGGCUCCGAGUGCAUCACCUCCGCCAGCUUCGAUGUGGACAUCGAGAACUUCGUACAUCAGCAGGAGCAGGACCACAAGCCCUUCUUUAGCGAGGACCCCGAGCUGGAUAACCUGAUGGUGAAGGCGAUUCAGGUGCUGCGUAUCCACCUGCUGGAGUUGGAGAAGGUGAAUGAGCUGUGUAAGGACUUCUGCAACCGCUACAUCACCUGCCUCAAGACCAAGAUGCACAGCGACAACCUACUGAGGAACGACCUGGGAGGACCCUACUCCCCCACACACACCAGCCUGCAGCAGGUAUACACACUUCAACAGGAGCACCUGAGCGCCUCGUCCCCCUCCCUGACGUCCGUCUCCAGUUCCGUCACCCCCUCGGGGAUCGUGGUACCCGCCGGCUCCCUGCCGCAACCUAGCAACCAACUCACCAUGACAACCAUCAACUCACCCGUCGUCUCAGGUGGGACCCUGUAUCAGCCCGUCACCAUGGUUACGUCGCAGGGACAGGUGCUCACCCAGACGCUGCCCCAGGGAACCAUCCAGAUACAGAACACACAGGUAAAUCUGGACCUGUCCGCGCUGUUGGACGGCGAUGACAAGAAAUCGAAAAACAAGAGGGGGGUCUUACCCAAGCACGCCACCAACAUCAUGCGCUCAUGGCUAUUCCAGCACCUCAUGCAUCCAUACCCAACAGAAGAUGAGAAGAGGCAAAUUGCAGCCCAGACAAACCUCACCUUAUUACAAGUGAACAACUGGUUUAUAAACGCGCGCAGGCGUAUCCUGCAGCCGAUGUUGGAUGCCAGUAACCCCGACCCGGCCCCCAAGGCCAAGAAGAUGAAGUCGCAGCACCGGCCCACCCAGCGGUUCUGGCCCGACUCCAUAGUGGCCGGAGUCCUGCAGACCCACGGACCCCACGGGGCCAACCGCGACACUGCUAUGGUGAUGGACGGUCUCCACUCCCUCUCCUCGGACUCGGCUACGCUAGCGAUGCAGCAGGCCAUGCUGGCGGGAACAGACGAGUCCAUGGACGGAACAGAGGAGGAGGACGAGGAAGAGGAGGAGGACGAGGAGGGCAUGGAGGAUGAGGAGGAGGAAGAGGAGGAUGAGGAUGAUAUGGAGAGGGAAGAGGGCAGACACAUGGGCGUAGCCGGCAGAAGAGAUCCAGGAAGCCUUGACCAAUCAGACGGCUUGAACUCCCGUCUUGUUUCCUUGCUGCUGUUCGCUGUUUUGGAUUCUAACCUCCUGGUGUUCCUGUCUGAGCCGUCGGCCCUUCGAAGACGUGCAGCCAUGUCGAUAGCCUCUGUGGCAGCCCAGGCCAUGCUGGCCGAUGCCAUAGUCCAGGAGGUGGGGGAGAGCGGGGGAGACGCCAGGCUGAAGACCCUGGAGCUGGAGCUGCCACUCGACAAGUUCAUCAAGUUUGUGUCAGUUGGACUGCCACUGCUGCUGGUGUCCAUGGCCUUCGCGAGGGAGAUCUCACUAGGCCCCCAGAUCAGCUGUUUCCCGCCAAACAACUUCACGGCUAAGCAGGCAGCCUACGUGGACACCUACUGCUGGGACUCGCUCAUGCACCAUGAGUUCGACUCCGAUGGGAACUUCGAGGAGCGAUCACUAUGGGUCCACAAAGUGUUCCCUUAUUCCCUUUUGAUCAUGGCGAUGAUGAUGUACCUGCCCGCGCUGAUCUGGCGUUUCCUGGCGAUGCCCAGCCUGGGCUCGGACCUGCUGUUCGUUAUCGACGAGCUCGACAAGUCCUACAACCGUGCCAUCGUCAUCGCCCAGAGCAUCGUCUCCCUGCGCGACAAGUCCAGCGACCCGCUUGACUUCCAGGCAGAGCUUGAGAGGGCGAAGCAGAAGCGCUACUUUGAGUACCCGCUGCUGGAGCGCUACUUGCAGUGCAAGCACAGCUCCUACUUCCUGGUUAGCAUGCUGUUCCUGCGCAGCUUCUUGCUGCUCACCUUCAUGUCGGCCGCCUGCCUCUAUCUGCUCUACUUCCACCUGCAGGCCUUCCUACAGGACGAGUUCAGCUGCCUGGUCCGCACGGGCCUCCUGCGUGACCAGCCCUGGGUGCCCGAGCUGGUCCAGUGCAAGAUCACUGGCCUGCUGGUCUUCCAGAUCAUCAGCGUGGCGAACGGCGCCAUCUACCUGUUGCUGGGUCCCAUCGUCCUCUUCAGCCUGUUCCGUCUGUUCGUCUGGGACACUGGCUUCCUGCAGCUGUACGAGGUUCUUCCUGCCCUCAGCCUCAUCACGGGACGCAAGCUGGGCUGCCCGCUCAACGACCUCAACGUCCUGCUGCUGUUCCUGCGCGCCAACGUGGCCCACCUGCGCUCCUACGGACGGCUCCGCGCCAUAUGCUCUCUGGCGCCCCCUCAGGUGCGUCCACAAGGGGGCCGGCCCAUGCUGUCGGAGGAGGAGGUGGAGCAGCUGGCGGAGGCGGCGGAGGAGCUGGAGGAGGCGGACAGGGAGGCGCGCGAGGAGGGCAAGCACAACCUGGUGGACAUCAUGACCAUCCUGGGCCGAGCACGCGGUAACGUCAUUAACGACCCCGAACACCGCCCCCUGGUGGAGGAGAAUAUGACUCUGGGUAGCAUCACGCUCGUGCUCAGCCUCAAACUCUUUGUGCUGGCCGCCAUUGUAGUCUACAUCGUCUGGGACGUGCAGAAGAUUUUUAAUUAAUUGAGUAAUUCGUUAAUUAAUUAAUUUAUUGAUUAAUUAAUUAAUUAGAUGAUUGUGAUUGAUUUCGCCUGGUUAAGACCUGCUGAUAUGUAAUGAUGAUGAUGGUUUGGGUUUAAAGUGUGAGAUCCCAAAGCCUUUGAGCUCCUCGUUCUCGCCCUCAAAAUCUGUGUGCUAGUUGCUAUUAUGGUUUACAUUGUCUGGAACAUGCAACAACAAUUUAGAUCUUAUUGACGAAUUAAUUGAUUAACACUGCAAUUUCUGGACUAUAAA